UUUAACCUCCAAGAUGAGAAAAUAAGUCUAUUUAAUAACUAUUUAGACCUGUCACACACACCUGGGCUAUGGGUCACUGCAGGUGACAGUUAAGAGGGGAGAGAGGGGUGAAAUUAAUCCUUAACACGAGAACAAAAGCCUGGCUGGAAGUGAGCAGUGGAGAGAAAGCGACCGACAGCUGGUGAAAAGUUUGGGAGAAGAGGAAAGCGUGUAGUUGUGAAGUGUAAAACAGGUAAACAAACAGGUAUACGGCAGUUAUGGCACACUCAGAAGAGCUUUAGAUCCACUUUGCAUUUCAGUAGACCUUUUUCUGGAAUUGAAGUUCAUUCUAUAGAAGACACGGAUAGUGUUUGGCUUACUGACCACAGUGUCUGGAGACUAAAGCAGUUGGAUCAAAAAAUACCGAAGUCUGCCUUUGCUUCUGUCCAUCAAAGCUCUGCAAAGAUGCUGCAACAGAUUCUACGGGAUAUGUAUAUAGAGCCCGACCUGCUGGCUGAGCUGAACGAGGAGCAAAAACAAAUCCUCUUCUAUAAGAUCCGGGAGGAGCAGGUGAGACGCUGGACCGAGAGGGAGAAUAAAUCUGACCUUCCUGUAUGUAAGAAGAGAGAUGACCAGAGAGGCGUUGAGUGGCUUCUGAGCUCAGAUGGAGAGGUGUGGGUGUGGGUCAUGGGGGAAAGCCCUGGGGACAAACCCUUUGAAGACAUCGUGGAAGAGCUGAUGGAGGAGAGAGCCAGGAAGCAGGCCCAGCAAGAAGCACAGGAACUCCGGCGUGUGAAGGAGGCAGAGAUUGAAAAGAAGUUCCGAGAUGGCAUGGCGAAGGAAAAGGCUCGUUUCGCGGCAGAGAAAUGGAGGGAGGAGAUGGAUGACAGAAAGGCAGCAAAGCAGGAAGAAGAAGAAGAUGACCGAAUUAGAGAGAAGCUUAAGAAACGUGAGGAGGAAGAGAGAAAGAGAGGUGAAGAGGAAAUUCGGCAAACUGAGGAGCGGCGAGCAAAAGAACUUUACAUCUCGCUGAAGCAGGAGGAAAAGAGAAAUGAGAGAGAUGACAAAGAAUGGCAAGAACAAUUGCAACGCUCCAAGGUGGCGGAUGAAGAGAUGAAAUGUAAAGCGAGACAGGCUAGAGAUGAAUACAAGCGGCAGUCUUUGAGGGGUAUCGAGAAGGGGCUGGUGGCCGGGCUAAGCGGACUGUUUCAUAAAACGGAUCUGAACCGAUCGGGUCACGGCCGACACCAUGGAGAAGUCAUCGAACAUCCGGCACCUCGGGAGUCCAGCCAUUCAUCAGCUGCUAGUGCUGGCUCACUUACCUCAACCCAUUACCAGGGGCGACAAAAUUGCCCACUUUGGAUUCGUCCUCCAAGGCCAAACUCACUUGAAUCUAUAAUCCGCUGGUUUACAGAGGAGCAAAAGCCAAAGCGAGCAGGAUAUGAGCGAAACAGCAACAACAUCGCACCUCAUGGAAUAAUAUCACGGCAGGAGUCAGAGGAUUUGCUGACGAAUGCCGCAGAGGGCUGUUUUUUGGUCAGAGUGAGCGAGAGAAUCUGGGGGUACACGCUGUCCUACCGCACCAUCACUGGGUUCAAGCAUUUCCUCAUUGAUGCCUCGGGGGAUUAUUACAGCUUCCUGGGCGUCGACCAAAACCGUCAUGCCACCUUAGCUGACCUCAUCCUCAUCCAUAAGGAGGAGGUGAUUACUACAUCUGGAAGAGAACUACUUAAGGAGUCCUGCAGGCUGAGAAGCUCAAUAGCUGACUAUGGAGGCCUUUUCCAGUGAUGUUUUUCUCGGUCUUUACUUUAAUGCAGAGCAUGCACAUUAUUUCAGAAAGUUGAAUCUCAGAAGGAUUUAAAGCAGAAAUGGAUAUCGGUUUUGUUCACAUUUACACAGAGAUUCACAAAGUGCAAGACUGUCAAGGUUGUUCUUUCAGAUGUUAAUAAUAAGCACCUUUUAGUUGCUCUUAUUUGCCUGUCUGCAACAAAUAUGUGACCCUGCUUGUGUGAAAACCCAGCUAAUGUCAUGUUUUUCUACAUAAAAAUCAUCCUAUAUAAUGUAAAGAACAGUCUGUGAAAAUAAAACCUUGAUGUCUUUAAUAUUGACAGAGUCAGGUCA